CAAACUUUUCUAUUCACAAAGCCAGUCCCCUACGCCGUAAUAGACAGAUCCUGAUCUUCAUGAAACCUCCAAGUAAAGCUUAGCCCAAAGAAAAAAAAGAAAAACAAAAUCUGUUAAUUGGAAUCCAAAUUUUUUAUUUCUGCUGUUCUUGUUCUUAGACUAAUUCUGCUUCAAUGUCACUGCUGAAGUUGCUUAUGCAUUUAUCUCCUUUCUUGGUUGCUCAUUUAUUCGUAUCAGGAAUAAACUCAACAUAUGAUCCAAGACCUUUCUUUUAUGUCACCCCAACGAUCCCAACUGGUUUUCCCUUGGAAAGAAUGAUAGUUUACCAUUUUUCAGUCUUAUAGUUUUUUGAGUUUGGUAUUUUGUUUUUAAUCAUUUUAACAUUUAGGAGUGGUGUAAGUUGUUUGAUGAGAAGUUAAGAAAGCCUGCACAAAUAGAAGUUAGUUUACCACAAAGACACAUUAUAUAUAUAUUGUACUACACGUUGAAAGAAAUUAUAGCUUACACAAUUCAUACAUCUGUUCUUUGACAUGCUUACAUGUCCAUCACAGGAAACACAAUUGGAUACAACGCCUUGAAAAGUAACAAGACAGUUGUUUCUUCAGGACAUGCAGAACCGACGCCAUCAACAACUGUGAUAAUAGCACCAAGCCUUUCCCCACAAGUUAAAAAACCACCAAGCCCUUCGCCACAAGGGAUAACGCCACCAAGCCCUUCGCCACAAGACACGCCACCAAGUUUGGUACCAUUUACAGCAGGAGUUCUUCUUAUCAUUUCUUUUGUAGUGAUUUUUAUUUUGAAGGCAAGAUGGCAUGGGAAGUCUGAACAAGAUCAGCAGGAUGUGGAAGAUGAUCAUAUAAAGCAUGUUCCUGGAAUGCCUGUCAGGUUCUCAUACCAAGAACUAUGUGUUGCAACUGAUAAUUUCAACGAGAGACUUGGAAGAGGAGGCUUCGGGUCUGUAUUCAAAGGAAAAUUGGGAGAUGGAACACAAAUUGCUGUGAAGAGGUUGGAGAAACGAGGCCAAGGAAUGAGUGCUUUUUUAGCAGAAGCCGAGGCAAUUGGAAGUCUGCACCAUUUUAACUUGGUGAGGUUGAUUGGAUUUUGCGCAGAGAAAUCCUCUAGGCUUUUGGUUUUUGAGUAUUUGAGCAAUGGAUCGUUGGAUAAUUGGAUUUUUACGAAUGUACAAGGAUCUUUCCUUGAUUGGCAGACCAGGAAGGAGAUUAUACUCGACAUAGCCAAAGGGCUGGCUUAUCUUCAUGAAUACUGUCGACAUACCAUAAUACAUCUUGAUGUAAAACCACAGAACAUUCUUUUGGAUUCAAGUUUCCAUGCCAAAAUCGCUGAUUUUGGGUUAUCCAAGCUAAUCAAUAGAGAUAUGAGCCAGGUUCAAAUCUCAAUGAGAGGAACACCGGGAUAUCUUGCUCCAGAAUGGCGUCAACCAUUAGGUCGUAUUACGGUAAAAGUUGACAUAUAUAGCUUCGGAAUUGUCCUCCUUGAAAUAGUUUGUGCACGCAGAAAUGUAGACCAAUCACAACCAGAAUCUGCCUUUCAUUUGCUUACAAUGUUGCAGAAGAAAGGUGAUCAUGAAGAUGGAGUAAUAGACAUUGUGGAAAAUUUGGAUGAAUACACGCGGAGUGAUAGAGAGGAAAUAACGAGGAUGAUAAAGGUUGCUGCUUGGUGUUUGCAAGAUGACCCAGAAAGAAGACCUCUCGUGUCAACAGUUUUAAAAGUGUUGGAAGGUGUUAUGGAGGUAGAUUCAAACAUCAUUUAUCGGUUUUCGCAUGCAAUGAUAUCUUCUCCACCUGGUAACAACCAUAUUUCUUCAGCACCUCCUCCAGCAUCUGUUCUUUCCAAUCCUAGAUGAUGUAGUUGUAAAACUCUCUCUUCUGGCAGAAAUAAAAUCUAUCAUGCUUAUUAUCACUUC